UUUUUUUAUAUGUACAGUAGUAACUUUUCAAUAUAUGAAUGCCAAUGUGUUUUGUUACGAUAUUGAAUUAAUUUGUUCAAUCAACUAUGCAUUUAUAUCUGAUUUUUGUAAAAUAUAUGCAAUAAGAGUAUAAUACAUACACAAGUAUGGAAGUACACGCCAUCGUGUCGGGAUUCAAUAUUUUGACAAUAAUUAAUAUGUAUGAAUUAGGUAAACGCACGCACGUCAUCUUCACUACCAUUACAUGCACUUAAAAAUAACCAGUCAUCUAUGUUCAGCAUCCAUCCCUGUAGAAGUGCACCCAUAUUCCUGACUGGCGUGCAAAAAUGUGUCUGCUUCACCCUCAAGAGUACCGUGGAAACUUGUUUGUGGGAAGAUAACGAUUCUUUCUGAUAUUUUUAUAGUAAUGGUCCAAGCAACUAGUACAGAUAAUAUUGAAUACAAUGCCGUGUGAUGAGAAUUGCGUAGUGUUAUUCCAAAAGCCACCAGUUUAUCAGUCAUCGCUAUCUCCUGCAACCAUUCCCUCAAAUCAAGAAAUAUCAAGUGACAGCCAGAGCUCAAGUGGUUUGCUUGUGAAUCCCGAACUUGGAUUAGUGGUUACUAGUGCUGUACUCUUUACUCCACAAGUUGACUUACUCGUAAAAUCAAUUUCACAAGUUGGAGACCAUCCAGGAACUAUUAUUCCACCAAAAAAUUUUGAGAGCACUAUAAUAACAGUUAUUUUUCAAAACAAAUCACAGUCUGAUAUAGAAGAUGAAUUUUUUUCUGUUCCAGGAAAGUUAUUGUUAUUAUGGCGAUGUGAGGACUUACAUGAAAUUAUGAGUACAUCUUUUUCUGAAAGAGAUGGAUGGAAGUUUGGAGAAGAUGAAAAUGUUGACGAUUUAAAGGAGAAAUCUCAAAAGAUGGUUAUAGAACCAAUGACUCUGAAAUCAGAUGAUGAAGUGAAGGAGAACUUGAUUUAUUGGUUUGCAAUGAUUAAAUUAGAACAUAGUGAACAAAUAAGAAGCAUUGGAAACCAGAGGCUUGAACUGUAUCCCUCAGUGAAUCUGCGGCAAGGUGAGAUGUUGCUUGCGUGCGGGACCCCAUUUGGUGCUCUAUGCCCACCUGUUUUCAUGAACAGUAUGAGCACAGGAAUUGUGACAAAUUUAGCGGGCAAGAACAAUGCACUUAUAAUGACUGAUGCAAGGGUGAUGCCUGGAUCAGAAGGAGCAGGGCUCUAUGUUCUUCCACAUGGUAAUUUUAAACAAAGGAAGCUGGUCGGUAUGAUCGUGAGUCCGCUUUGUUGGAAGGUUAAUGAGUGGAUUGGGCUGACUCUUGCUGUGUCUAUUUCUACUCUCUUAGACUCAUUACAGAAGCUAAAUCCCUUGCAGUCACAAGGUAGUAUGCUGCCAUCUAUUGUUAAUAAUGGAUACAAAGACCUGUUAACUUCUGAUGUAAGAAAAGCUAUAAACUCUGUUGUGUAUGUUCAGGUUGGACCAAUUUGGGGUUCAGGGGUCAUGGUUGAUGGAGUUGAAGGUUAUGUAAUAACCUGUCGUCAUGUUGUGAAGAACAGCAGGACAAGAGGUGUAAGAAUCUUCAUUCGGUACCCUAGACCAAUGUGGAUAGCAGCUGAUGUUGUAUUCUCUGCUUGUAAUAGUUCCCCCAUUGAUCUUGCUCUUCUUAAGUUAAAACAUUGUCCAGAACAAUUACAGAGUGUUAAGCCAUCAAACAACAUCACUAAAGGUCAGAAGGUAAUUGCCGUUGGCCAUGCUUUAUUUGGGUUUGAAAUACAAAAACAACCUUCGGUGACGUCAGGAAUUGUCUCCAAUACUGUUAAAUAUAAACAUCAACUUGUGAUGGUACAGUCAACAUGCGCUGUUCAUAGUGGUGCAAGUGGUGGCGCUCUAUUAUGUGCAGAAACAGGGCAUCUUAUCGGGAUCAUUGCAAGUAAUUCUAGGGACAUAGACACCAAUGCAUCAUUUCCACAUGUUAAUUUCAGCAUACCAGUAUCUACCUUCUGGCUCGCAAUCAAAUCUUACAUUCAAAGUACAGACAUUCAUAAGCUUGAUAUUUUGAAUAAUACCAACUCAUCAAUAAGACAUUUAUGGCAGCUUGAUGCACCAGAAAUCAAUAUAAAUAGUAAACUAUAAGGAUCAUGAAAUGCAAUUACAGGAUUGAGAAGCCUGGAUGUUUAGAUUUGCAUCUGCCAUAGAUGAAGAGAAUAAAAGUCAACCAAGUUGCAUUCCGAUUAGAAAAUAAAGUUGAUAUCUUCAGCAUUAAUGUUGGAAGCAAAAUGCAACCUGCUUUGAAUCCACUCAGCAGAAUAAUGGCUUAUCCAGAUGUCAACAUACAAGAUAUAUAUUUUUUUUGGCGUGCAAAACAUGGUUCACAUGAAAUUUGGUUUCUAGAUGCUUCACCAGAGAAUAAAAAUAAAAUCUUAAACUACAAAACAUAAAAAUGUGUAAAAGACAAGUAACUACAAAAUAUAAACUUAUUGCAAUACAGAAAUUGGAACUUAAACUACUUACUACUAAAACUAAAAGCAUAUUUAAAAGAAAUGGCAAGGCAUAUUUUAGGAUAAAUAGAAUAAUAAUGACAAAAGAUACAUACUGUAAUUCAGAGGUUGAGUGAAAAUUAAAGUAACAUGUUAAAUACUUUAAAAUAUCUAUUGAGGUUUUAAUUAAAGAGUUCCUAGACCUAUUUGAAUUACACCUCAGACAGCAAAGCUUACCUCAUUUAUUGCACAAGUAUCAAUGGUGCAUUGGAUGAGACCCAUCCUUAAUCAUUCAACACAACAUAUGUUUGUGUGUUGAUUUCCUAAUGAUUUUCAAAAUAAUGUUAUAAAUUUAUUUUUUUUUGUAUAAGUCAGCAUAAAAUAUUUUUUGAAAAUAAAACUGUAUAAAUAUUAAGAUUUAUACCAGUGUGCUGAAAGGUGUGUGCAAUAAUGAAACAGUAUGAGCUAUGAUUUAAAUGUGAUUAUAUAGAUAUUAUUAUCAUUAAUUGGAAUAUAUUUUGGUCUCUCAAAAUCUAAUAAAACGCCGAAUUGUGUAACAUGUUUAUUAUUUGUAGUUAGUUGUAUUCGUUGUGUGUACCAUUCUGUUUUCAUAUAAUUUAAUAAUGUGUACCAAUUUUUAGUAUUUCUUUUUGCUUAGGUAUUAAUCCAACAUUUUUUAAUGGUAAUAACUAAUUCUAAUUUCAGUAAAAUAAAUCCAUCAACAAUUAAGAUAACAUAACAA